UAGUGUGUAAGUGUGAGUGUGUGUUGUAAGAGGGACGCCAGGUGGAAGAGGAUAGAGGAGAGGCGCGCCAGGUACCGUGGCCAGAGUGGUGGGGAACCGUCAGAAGGCGGCCAUAAUGGCCUGACGCGAUCUCGAGCGAACGGCGGCGGCUACAGCUGCUGCGAAAUAGCCGUGAGCGUAACCACGGCCCGCUCCGUCGUCGUUCGUCCACGCGAGCGUAUAUUUUGCAACGGGCAACGCGUAUCGUUUGGAAAGUGACUGCGUAACCGCGUUAGUGGAGUGUGUUACCGGGUGGAGUCGCUGACGUUUCGUUCGCGCGUGUGUCUGUGCCUCUUCGAAUUCGUCUGAUCGAAUUCUACGUCGCGUUCUCUGUACCUUUACUUAUUACACCAGUAUCGAUAAUAUUCUUUCUUCGAGAAUGAGGGGCGCUAAUCAGGAGACGGCUACGCCGUACUGUCGCUGCAGAGUUCUUUAUCUAGGCAGCUCUGUGCCUCAUGCCAGCAAAGAGGGUCUACUGGGUGUUCAGGAACCUCUCAGGGAGUUGUAUCCUGAACAGGGUGCACUAGGAGCGCGUGGAAUCGAUUCUUGGUUGAGUGUCUGGAGCAAUGGACUGUUACUGGAGAACGUGGACGAACACCGGAAGAAAGUCACCAGGUUCUUCCCUAUCGAGGCUCUGCACUACUGUGCCGCGGUUAGACACGUCAAAGGUGGCAACGGUGACUCCUCUAAUACCAGGUUCCUACCGUUAGACUCACCGUUCGCCAGGACACCAAGUGCCAACCAUCCACCCCUGUUCGCCGCUGUUCUGCGAAGGACCACUGGUAUCAAGGUUCUCGAGUGUCACGCGUUCAUAUGCAAGCGCGACAUGGCGGCCAACGCCCUGGUCAGAUGUUGCUUCCACGCGUACGCGGAUAGCAGCUACGCGAAGGGCCUGGAUCCGACUACAACCACCACUAAUGGAGUCACUGGUGGACAUCCUUCGAACAACAGCCUGUAUCACACUCUCGGUGGAUCCAGUACCACUUUGGACAGUCCUCAGGCUACUCGUUUAGACGCUACGUCGACGGAUGACCUCAGUUUGUACAACGGUGAUGAGAACCAUAAAGUUUGGGCGAGGGGUCGUGACGAAGUUGAUGGAUUGUACCAGGAACAGGGUACUCUGAGGAGCACCAAAGGCUCUAGACCUCGUCAGCUAGUAGCUCCACCUCCUCCACCGCCCCCGCCACCUCCACCAGCUCAACCUUUGCUCCUCGAAGAGUCUUCGUCCUCGUCAGUUCGUAGAAAAGCGAACAAGAAGCUGAAGAAGCUGAAAAGCAGGUCUCACGAGGAUCCUCUGACACAGGCUCAUCUGCAUCCUCAACUGCACCAAGGAAUGUACACCAAUGGCCAUGGACACCAUACUCUAGGCCAUCCUGUCAGACAGCAACACUAUCACCCUCAUCCCUUGCCACCCAGCAGCAGAUCCGUGGCAGGAACCUUGGCUAGACCAGCUCCAGUUUUACUGGUACCAGCAGCCACGUUACCUAGGAAGGCUCAUCAUCAUCCUAAGGGUCUUAGACCAAUUCCAGCAGCGGCACCGAUCGUUCCAGUCUACGCUCCGCUUCCUGUCGUGCCUCCUCCACCUGCUGCAGCGAUUUAUCCAGCGGGAACGUAUGGAACAGCGGGGAACAGGGGCAGAAGACAGCAUCCUGAAGGUGAAUCCUCGACUCUUGGAGCUUCUAGAAGAUUAGCCGCCUCUCACGCCGAUCUAACCACUGCAGAGAUGAACAGAGCAGCUGAUAGUCCUGAGAACGAGUCUCGUUUCGGCACUGGGAUCUACAGAAGAAAGGGACAUCUGAACGAGAGAGCGUUCUCGUAUAGUAUUCGAGCUGAACACCGUAGCAGAAGCCAUGGAAGCUUGGCUUCACUGGGCUUCAGCGGACAGAAUGGCACUGCAUUGCCUAAAGAGGAGAAGAAAGAUAGGGAGAUAGCUCAAUUGGUGGCAGGAUUGAAUCUAGACGACAGUCCAGAGAGAACUCAGCCUCCAGUGAACUCCAGAAGCGGGUAUUCUCAUCAUCAUCAUCAGCAACAACAGAUGCAGCCACUACCAAGGCCUCGUCCUCGUUAGAGUCCUCGGGAUGUUCGAUUAUUAAUACAUUGAA